UCCAAGAUGGCAGCUUCCACGGCAUCACAAUUUCUGAAGAUGUGGAGCAUGUUAUUGCUGUUUUUCGCCUGUUUCUCGUCUUUUCUAUCAAUUAGUUCCUGUGAGAGAACCAUCAAACUUGUGAAUUUGUUGUUUCGUCAUGGUGAUAGAUCGCCCACAAAUGGCUACCCAAAUGACAACUAUACGGAAGACACAUGGCCCCAAGGUUUCGGACAGCUGACUGAGAGGGGCAUGGCCCAACAGUAUAAACUGGGGCAGUGGUUGAGGAAGCGUUACGUGACCGACCUGAAACUGUUUGACGGCAUCUACCGCCCGAAACAAUUCUACGUUCGUAGCUCACCGAGAGAGCGCACCAUCAUGUCUGCACAAUCCAACCUGCAGGGUUUCUUUCCAGCAGAGUCAGGGGGAGGGGAGCCAUCAAGUGGAACACCUCUAUGGCCACCGGUGCCAGUGUUUACUGUGGCCGAAGGGCAAGAUUAUUUACUGAGUGGAAGCAGGUUACAAAAUUGUGAUAGAGUGAGCGAUUACUACAUAGAGAACAGCCCUGCCGAGCAGCAAUAUAUUAAAGAUAACCAGAUUUUCUUUGAUAGAGUUCAUGAGAAAGCAGGAUUUUCGGGAGACGUUAUCUUCGAGAAUUUCUAUCACCUGGGAGAUACUUUGAUAAGAGAGCGUAAAGAAGGAAGAAAUUUACCGGAAUGGGCGGAUGACGAGACCUUCAACAAAUUAAAAGCUACGCAUGAUUUUGCCUUUGAAGCAGACUUCUCCGAUAUGACAACAGACGAGAAAAGAAUUACUUCAGGAGUUCUUUUAGCAGCAAUGAUUGCAAAUAUGAAGGCUCAUUUAAACAGAACAAACAAUGACAGUAGGAUAUUUAUGUACUCUGGGCACGAUGACAACCUAGCACCGUUUUUAGGUCUGUUUGGUUUGUUCACAAACGUCGCUCCUCCCACCGCUUCCUGUAUCAUGGUGGAACUGUACAAAGAAGAUGAUGGUUCACAUACAGUGCAGUUAUUAUUUAGAAAUGACACUUCAAAGCCACCAUACCUCCUCAAGUUCCCAGAAUGCAAUGAGAGAUGCCCUGUUCAAAACUUCUUCCACAUCGCGUCACCUUUCGUGGUCGAUGACGUCGAUGAGCUGUGCAGGGGAAAACCGCCAUCGCUACCUCUUGAUGUUGAGUGGAAUAUAGGUUGGAUACUAGCUGCAAGCAGCUUGGCUCUAGCAGGUCUUCUUCCUCUCAUAGUCUGUGUCGUACUUUUCUUUGGCGCCGGUGGGCGUCGUCGGCUACAGAAAUCCAAGCAAUGCCUAAAACCAAUCAACUUCCACCUCUUGGGCGGUCCCAACAGUGAGUCAGAAGACGAGAGCGUGUUUGACACAUGACCCCACCACAAGGAGUAGACUAGAGCCAUUUCGAGGGGUCAGUGAUACAAAAACGUAACUCCAUUUUGGCCAUUUUUAGAAAAAGUGGUUUAUGUGUCAC